AUGGGGUGUGCUGCAACAAAACCAGACAAAGUGAACAUAUACAUAUACCAACUGGAUGCUAUAUCAUAUUUAUUCCUUGCGACUGAAGUCACCAAUGAAGUCGUGAUGAACCAUCUCGGUGUCACGACUGUAGAAUAG